AUGCUUUUUUCUACGUGCCAUGCCUUUAGCUUUCGACACCUGUAACUUUAAAAAACAAGUAUUGGCCACUUUGUAACCUGAUCGGAGGCUUGAAUAAAUGAUGCUGUAUCUGGGUUCACUAUUGCCACGGUUGUUGCCAUUUGCAUUUUCCAGAACAGAACGCAGCUGUAAACAAAGAUAACUGUCUGAAGUAAUUUUGUACGGCGCAUUGACACUGCUAAUAAUGAAUCCUGAGUAUGACUAUCUGUUCAAGUUGCUGCUCAUUGGUGACUCUGGAGUGGGAAAGUCAUGUUUACUCCUACGCUUUGCUGAUGACAUUUAUACAGAGAGCUACAUCAGCACUAUUGGUGUAGACUUCAAAAUCAGAACUAUUGAAAUGGAAGGCAAGACUGUCAAACUGCAAAUUUGGGACACAGCAGGACAGGAGCGAUUUCGGACAAUAACAUCCAGCUAUUAUCGCGGAGCCCAUGGUAUCAUAAUAGUCUAUGAUGUCACAGAGCAGGAGUCUUUCAAUAAUGUGAAGCAAUGGUUAGAAGAGAUCGAUCGCUAUGCAUGUGAAAAUGUCUCCAAGUUGCUAGUUGGGAACAAAAUUGACCUUGCCACUAAAAAGUUAGUGGACUUCACAACAGCAAAGGAAUUUGCUGAGUCACUCAAAAUCCCAUUUCUGGAGACAAGUGCCAAGAAUGCAAACAACGUAGAAAAGGCAUUUUUAACAAUGGCCUCUGAAAUUCAAAAGAGGUUUGGGACAGACAGUGUUCAGAAUGAAACUGUUAAAAUGGGAUCCAAAAUAAACAGUGCCCCCCUAUGGCCUGGAGGAGAGAAAUCAGUAGCUGAAGAGGUCAGCUCUUGCUGUUAG